UCCACUACUUCCCUUCGCAAACAACACACACUGUGGCAAUGCGCUUGGCUGGCAUGCGCCGCACAUGCCUCAACCAACACAAUCUUUGGAGGUCCAAUACUCGUUCUAGUGGACGACCUAAAACUCUGCGCCAAACCUCAGCAGGAGAAUGAUCAAGUGAACACCGCGGCAAAUUCCAUGGGAAGUGAUAAUUCUGGUUCCACAUGUGUACCGCUUUCCUCUGCUUGCACACAAAUCGCUCCUGCUGGUGAAGCUACAGCAGUUGGUGGGCGCAUUCUGUUUGCCUCCCUGCCUGCAGUGUGCUCGAUUCCCGGUAUAAAUGCUACAGUCGAACGGGGUGAUAGAACUACCAAGCCACCAUAUUCGUACGCCCAGUUAAUUGCCCAAGCAAUCGCCACCCAACCGGAUCGUCAACUGACAUUAAGUGGAAUCUAUGACUACAUCAGUCAAAAUUAUCCCUACUAUAGUCCUCACGACAAGGGAUGGCAGAAUUCGGUCCGACAUAAUCUGUCAUUAAACCGGCAUUUCUUCAAGGUGAGGUGGUGUUGUGUUUGUUCUUUUAUUAUAACUAGUUGCAUAAUUUCUCCAAUUAUAAAAGCUAUAUCAUACACUAAUAUUUUUGAUGCGCGGGCUUUUAGUCGAUACGUUUAG